AGCGGGGCCAUUUCAGUGAGCGGCAGCGGCGCAGGCGGCCCGGCCAGGAUGCGCUUGGCAUCGUCUUGCGGCGGCACUCGCAGCUGCGGCAGCGCCUGUGACGAGCCCGCCGCUUCCCCUCUCUUGCCGCAGCUGCUCUGAAGCCCGCCGUGCGGCCCGUCUGUCGCCUCGGCGUUGCCUGCGGCGGGUCCGGGGGGCUCAGCCUCGCCUCCUCUCUUCGUCCCUGUGUGGCUGCUUCUCCUCCUCGGCUCCCAUGGCGGCGGCGGGCAACAUCGUGUCCGUUAUGGCGAGUAAAACCAAGACCAAGAAAAAGCAUUUCGUGGCCCAGAAAGUCAAGCUCUUCCGGGCCAGCGACCCGCUCCUCAGCGUUCUCAUGUGGGGGGUGAACCACUCGAUCAACGAGCUGAGCCAUGUUCAGAUCCCUGUUAUGUUGAUGCCGGAUGACUUCAAAGCAUAUUCAAAGAUCAAAGUGGACAAUCACCUUUUCAACAAGGAAAACAUGCCAAGCCAUUUCAAAUUCAAAGAAUACUGUCCUAUGGUAUUUCGCAAUCUGCGUGAGAGAUUUGGAAUUGAUGAUCAGGAUUUUCAGAAUUCUCUGACAAGAAGUUGUCCGCUUGCAAACGACUCUCAAGCUCGCAGCGGCGCCCGGUUCCAUACCUCUUACGACAAAAGAUACGUCAUCAAAACGAUAACAAGCGAAGAUGUAGCAGAAAUGCACAACAUACUGAAGAAAUACCACCAGUAUAUAGUGGAGUGUCAUGGAAACACACUGCUUCCCCAGUUUUUGGGCAUGUACCGGCUUACUGUUGAUGGAGUUGAAGUAUAUAUGAUUGUCACAAGAAAUGUAUUCAGCCAUCGCUUAUCUGUUUAUAGAAAAUAUGAUUUAAAGGGUUCUACAGUAGCAAGAGAAGCCAGUGACAAGGAAAAGGCCAAAGAACUGCCAACCUUCAAAGACAAUGACUUCAUUAAUGACGGUCAAAAGAUUCAUAUUGAUGAAGCCAACAAAAAGAUGUUUCUCGAAAAGCUUAAAAAGGAUGUUGAGUUCCUUGCUCAGUUAAAACUCAUGGAUUACAGUUUGCUGGUUGGAAUUCACGAUGUUGAAAGGGCAGAACAAGAGGAGGUUGAAUGUGAAGAGAAUGAUGAAGAUGACGGGGAAAGUGAUGGAGCUCACCCUACUGGAACCCCUCCUGAUAGUCCAGGAAAUACACUGAAUAGCUCACAGCCUUUGGCGCCAGGAGAAUUUGAUCCAACUAUUGAUGUUUAUGGAAUAAAAUGCCAUGAAAAUGCACCUAGAAAGGAAGUUUAUUUUAUGGCCAUCAUUGAUAUUCUUACUCACUAUGAUGCAAAAAAGAAAGCUGCUCAUGCUGCAAAAACCGUCAAACAUGGCGCAGGUGCAGAGAUUUCCACAGUUAACCCCGAACAGUAUUCAAAGCGAUUCUUGGACUUUAUUGCCAACAUUUUGACGUAACCUAUCUUGUUCCACUGGACAGAUACAAGGUCUGGGAACAGCAGCAAUGGCUGCAAGUGUGUAAGGGACAAAAGCUUCUUUUAAAAAGGAACUCUCAAGUGCUAUCUUGCAGAAGGCGGCCCCCUUGGUUUACAUCUGCUGGCCAUGAUGACUGACUGGGGUGAAAUAUUCGCUUUAACAGCUGCCAGAUAUGCUCAGCAUAGUUCUAGCUAUUUCUGGUGUGUGGGUGCGUGUGUGUGUGUGUGCAGAACCCCCUACAAAUAUAAAUUAACUAACUAAUAACAUAGAUCAGCAUUUUACUUGGUGUGUAUUGCAAGCUGCAACACUCCAGAUUCUAGCUGAAAUGGAACGAAUGGGCCAAGGAUUGAAGGGGAAGGAAAGAAGGAUGUGCAUGUUAAGUCCCACAAUAUUGGUAUCAAGCUGUAAACUGUGGAUCAGUUUCUGUUUUGAAUGGAAAAGUGCAAGACAGUAUUGUUGGUGGUGAUGAUGAUGAUGACAACCUUACAGCGAAUGCUCCACUUAAAACAGCCUUGCAUGUUGGCACUCUUCAAGAAUAGCGGCAACAUUGUAAGCUCCAUGUGCUGGAAGCUCUGCUUUUGGCAUCUUUGCAUUUUUGGUCUUUUCUCUUGUUUUUUUUUAAUUGGCCCAUCACGACAGGGAACAGUCUUCCAGCAACUCAGAGGUAUGUCUCUAGUUUUACCAAGACCUAAUGGCAUAAUCAUACUCUGUGUGGGUUUUGUUUUGAUUUUUUUUAAACAAGGGGAAAAGUAUUGCCGAGGGGUGGGGGUUAGGGAUAGACCAUUGUCAUACCAUGUGGAGAUCUACAUUGUAUGUUUAUCAUGUAGGAACUGAUUGUGCUAAAAAGGAAAUCAAGAACACUUUUAAAGAUGAGUUGCCUCAUUUGGAAGCAACAAGUAGCAUCAUUUUCGCCACAUAAACAAAAGGAUAGGAAGCCUAUUCACCUGUGACUGAUCAAAACUAGAACCUUUUAAAUGCUUACAUUGUGCUGUUAUAUUUUUUUUAAAAAAAUUACUUUUUUUAAAGCCCUAAAUUUUUACUGUUUACAUUAAUAGGAAAACAGGGAUGCUUUUGAGUUUGUGCACAGUAUGUGAAUACAAAGUUUACAUGUAAAGUUAUUUUGCAGUGCAGAUGAAGUAAUAUCUUGAAGUGUAACACGCAGUAAAUGUACUAAAGUGAAUUUUUCACCCACCUCCAUGAUAGAAAAUCUUUUACAAUAAACGGUGACAGAUUAUUUUUAAGUGUAUUAGGUGGGCUUUUCCCCUCUCCAUUACCUUAAUAACUUGCUUUGUGUUUCUCCAAAUUCUGUUGUAUAAUUCAUUGCCUAAAAAUGUGCUGUCACCUUAUAAGUAACCUGUUUAAAAACUUCUUAUAAUCAGUUUUGGGGAACAGGUUCCAACCUACUAAAAGGACAAAAUUAGAAAUGCUAUAUAUAUAUAUAUAUAUUCUCUACUUACACUGUGCUAAAAUUGUGCCUUUUUACAAUUCUGUUUCAACAUUCACAAGCAACUCAGAAAAAGAAAAAGAGAUCAUAUUUUCCCCUUGUUAAGGUAUAACUUAGCCCUGGAGUGCCAGGUUGCCUUCUCCAAUAACUUAACGCCAGCGCUGUUAAGGCUGCAACUUGUAUCAUGUCUGUAGUGUUUGACUUCAUAGAGCGCUGAUAAACUAGCAGCUGAUCUUGCUAUUGUAUGCGGCCAAAGGCAAUACCAUCCUUAUUACUCUGUACAAAUUUUUUUAACAUGGUUUUGUUACCCUUCUAGUGUAGUUAACUGUACUGUUACAUAUGUGUACAAUUCUGAACUCUUAUGUAUUUAAGUUGACAACUGUGGCUUGACUUCUGUUUUGUUUUGUUUUUUUACUUCCUUUCCCCAUACGUGCACACCCCAUUUAUCUCUGGCACCAUGUGAAUGUUUUUUUAAAAAAAAUUUCUUACAAUACACAGUGGCUACUUAAGGUAUGAUGAGUCUGCAAAGGACAUCACUGGGAAACAAUGAGGUACACAUACAUUUAAAAAGAAUAAAUAUUCUAUUGUAGCCAAUUAGCGUAUGCUUUUUAUGAGCUAACUACAACGCCUUCAUUUUCCUGUCUGUAACAGUCACUUUUCACCUAUGACUGUUGGAUGAAACUGUUCGGGGAGAGGGGGGGAGGAAGAUCCCACACUGUAUUGCCUAGUUAUAAAAACACACUCCAAACAUGACUAAGGCUUUAUAAAAUAAAGCACUUUUAUGACUUGCUAGGAAAA